GGCACGUACUCGCUCCUCGCGCAACGCGUUCUCUGCGCUGGUAGAUGCCUGUGCUGACGUCUGGAUAGGUGUCCUUGGUCCAUUUUUGCCGUGAUAUAUACGUUUUCCUCUUUGUGGUAAUUUCGUUGUGGGUAGACAGCAGCCCGCCUGGCUUGGUCGCGACCCCACGGUUUUUGGACGUCUCCGUAGUAUGUCUCAGCAAAGAGGCAGAGAUCAGAGCUAUAUCGUGAAGACAUUUAGAAAUCCUAAUGCAGCUCAGUUUUAUGAGCAUGACGACCGGUCGUCGCGCGGCACGCGCCACCGGCAGGCCAACUUCAAGGCGCGCGGCAAGUUCCUGCGCGGCCGCGGCCGCUUCCAGCCCAGCCUGGAUGACGACGCCGAAAUGGGCGGCCGCCGGCCGUACGUGCAGUUCGGCGAGGAGCGGCGGCGCGGCAUGAGGGGCCGAGGCCGCCCGCGCGGGCCUCACCGCGGCGGCCGCGGUGGCGCCGGCCCGCCCUACAACAGCCACAGGCCGCCCAACGCGGCGCUCGGCAGCUGGUUCAAAGUGAUCAUAAGGUACGGCCAGACGUACGGCAAAGAGUUCGUGGUCAACUCCCUGAAUGAGAACCUCUCGGAGCCGUUCCUGCCCAUCGGGUACACCAAGGAGUCGAACCAGAAAGAUGUCCACUUUUUCGUGGAGAACAAGAUGAUGGCAGACGCCUUGCUGGCGUUGGAUCAGCGAAUACAGACGCCCAAUGGCUUUAAAAUGAGAAUAAUCACGAAGCGCUCCGAGCCGCCGAUGCUGACCGUGGACGACGGCGUGAAGACGGAGCUGCAGCAGGCACUCAGCAACCGCUACACACCGGCCAACCGCACACUGAACCUAGGCCAGUUCCACGCCGACCCCUAUAUCCGGGGCAAGGGCCUGUACCUGCCGCUGUCGCGGCAAAACGUGGUCUCCGCCGUCAUCGACAUCAUCGUCGCCAACAUCCCCGAGGUCAUGGGCAUCAACCUGUCCAAGAACAAGCUGACCAGCCUGGUGCCCUUCAAGCCGCUGAAGAACUCCUGCGCCGACCUUAAGGCGCUGGACCUCAGUCACAACUUGAUGGGCACCGUGGGCCUGCUCGACUCGCUGUCGGGGAUGCCGCUGGUCGAACUCAACCUGGACGGCAACAAACUGUGCGACGGCUUCACGGAGAAGGCCGACUACAUCAGCGCCGUGCGGAAGCGCUUCCCCAAGAUCGUCCUGCUGGACAACGUGGAGCUGCCCCCGCCGAUCGAGUUUGACGUGGAGGACGACAGCGUGGCGGCCAAGAAGUUGCCCGAGUCGAAGAGCUCGUUCUUCUGCGGCUCUCAACCGCGCGACAUCGCGCUCAUGUUCCUGAAGCAGUACUUCGACGUGUUCGACGCUGACAAGCGGGACGCCCUGAUGGACGCGUACCACGAGCGGUGCCGCUUCAGCCUCAGCGUGUCGCUGCCGCCGCGCAACAGCUCCGACAGGCUGCACACCUGGAUGUCGGACAGCCGGAACCUGCAGCGCACGGCGCGCGAACGGCAGGCGGCACUGCUGCGCUCCGGCAAGCUGGAGGUGCUCGGCGCGCUGGCCCGCCUGCCCAAGACGCAGCACGACUCCAACUCGUUCACCGUCGACGUGCCCGUGGCGAACGAGCGUCUGAUGCAGAUCAGUGUGUGCGGCGUGCUGAAGGAGCGCGAGGAGCGGCACACGCCCGUGCGCGCCUUCUCGCGCGUGUUCGUCAUCGUGCCGCACGGCCAGGGGUUCUGCGUCAUCAACGAGAUGCUGGUCGUCACGCCGGCCACCACGGAGCAGAUCAAGGCGGCGUUCAAGCCGUCGGCGCCGACGCCGUCGCCGGGCGCGGCGACCGGGGUCGGGGCGCCGGCCGCCGCCGCGCCGAUCACCGACGACGUGCGCCGUCGCAUGGCCGAGCAGCUGACCGCCGUCUCCGGCAUGAACGUCGCCUGGUCCGUCAAGUGCCUCGAGGAGAAUGCCUACAACUACGAGCGCGCCGUCCAGGUGUUCGCCCAGCUGAAGCAGGAGAACAAGGUGCCGCCCGAAGCGUUCCUGCCCGCCUGA